GUGAAUAAAAAGAUUGUGUUGAUUUGUAUAAAUUAUUGAUGAACAAUAGUCUUUCCAGCCUAUUGAAAUCUAUGCUAUAUCUCAUCAGUACGUUAGCUCCCUGUUAGACAAGCUGACAUAUCACACACCAUGGCAGACCUCGCGUAUCUCGUCGUUUUUCUCGUUCUUUUCGUGCACACGGUUGCGCCUGAGUUCGUCACAAUGUCGGGUGUGACGGAAGAGGACAAGGCGCUGGAUCUACCACCCUCCCUGUCCUUGAUCGUCGCCGGGCUGAUUGCGUGCAGUGCGCGGUGCCGCAGACAAGACUUCUGCCUCUACUACAACUAUCGCGCAAAAGACGACGACCAAGCCCUUGGCCUGUGCGAGAUCUUUGACGUGUUUCUGUCGAGGAAGGAUCUCAGUACGAAGGUCAAGUCGAAGCCAGGAUCAUUGUUUGUGGCAGUCCCACUUGCAAAAAGCGACCCGCGCUCGUGCGUGGAUUACGCGCGUGUAGGGCUCACGCACCUGCCCAAGUUCUACAUCCUGGACGACGCCGGCGACGCCUACAGAGUCACGUGUGACUUCACGUCUGAACCGGGCUCAGUAUGGACACUAGUCAAGUCAUAUUCCACCCCUCAGUUCUUAUAUACAGCCCUUUACGUCAACGCCCCUAAGAACCAGGACAACCCGAACUGGAGCCAGUACCGACUCUCCCUUCCCCGCAUGGAAGCCCUCCAGAACGUAUCCACGCACUGGCGAGUCACGUGCAGCUUUCCUCACGCCGGCGUGGACUACACGGAUUAUCUGCGCGGGAACUUCUCGUUCGCUGACCCCGUCCAUGUUUAUGGCCCUUACUUAGACCCUUCUGCAUGUAGAUUGAUCGAGUUCGUGAAUAUUCGAGGGGUUACCCGCAAACACAUCAUGGUGCCUCUAUAUCAAGUUGAUGGCAUUUUUGAGCUUUGUACCGAGAGUUCAACUCCGGGGUGUAAUAACGAAUGGACGCCGAUUGCUGGGGCUGUCUUCUCAGAAGACAACUUUGGCUAUUACAUGUUUUCGAACACGAAGUUCCGGUGUACCAAUGGGCAGGACUCUUCCACCAAUAUGUGGUUCGGGAGCUAUUUGUGAAAAGGGUGACUAGCGUAAACACAAUGCUCUAUCGCUAUGGGUUUUUACUUGGCGGUUGGUUCGUUAUUCGCAAACAAUAAAUCACCCUCAUUAACGCUAGGGGUGCUAGACUGUACUCACGUGCAGCACGUGGUGGAUUCAUUAAAACCUGAAAUUACGAUAGAAGUGAAGGUAGCCGGGGCUGGCCUUCGCCCAACAAAUUAGUUCAAUAUUUAGUAACAAAUCAUGUAAACACAGACACGCACAUCACAAAGGACCUCGUUAUAGCAGUUAUAGAACAUGGACAACUAUUAAAACGUCUUUUAAAACUUUUUUCGAUUCUGUAAAUGUUAUAUUCUAUGUUAUAUCUAAGAGCAGUAAAAAAUAACAAAAAAACAGCCUGUGUUGUUUUAAUGUUUUUCAACGCCAACC